UAUAAUUAAUAGAUAUAUCAUCAUUUCUUGCUUGUAUUAUUUGUCCCUAUUCCCAUGUAGCAACACAAAGGAAUUUCUAUGAGUUAUAUUCCUCUUCCUUCCCAUAAAAUGCCUCAUUAGCUAUUCUUCUCUCCAUCUCUUGGUACUUCCAACAAAAACAAAAAUGGACAUCAAAUAUGAGGAUGAAGAUGAUAAGGAGGAGGAGCUUCUGAAUCUUAGUCUUGCUAUUGUUACGGCUGAUUCUAGUGGCGCAGCUGCCGAGAAGAGGAUGAGGAAGAGAAAGAGAAGGGUGGUUUCAUCAUCUUUGAAUUCAUUAGAGGGUUGUGAGGGGAAGAUAUUUGGUCUUCUCCAAAUGAGAGAACAAAUGCUAAAGAAAUUAGACCGAAGAAGAGACAAGGGAGUAUUAGUCGUUGAUCAUCACCAGCAUCAUGAAGAUCAAGGAAAAGGUCUUCACUUGAUCCAUUUGCUUCUCAUAACCGCCACGGCUGUCGAUGAAAACAACGUCGUCUCCACCUUGGAGAAACUCAACGAGCUCUACCAAACUGUGUCGCUAACCGGUGAUUCAGUCCAAAGAGUCGCCGCCUAUUUUGCAGAUGGCUUAGCGGCGAGGCUACUAACAAGAAAAUCUCCAUUUUAUGACAUGAUCAUGAAACAACCAACAAAUGAUGAAGAGUUCUUGGCAUUCAUAUAUCUCUAUAGGGUCUCUCCAUACUACCAAUUCGCUCAUUUCACCGUGAAUCAAGCUAUAUUUGAAGCAUUCGAGGACGAGAAAGAGAGGAAUAAUUGCGCCCUUCAUGUAAUUGAUUUCGAAGUCUCGUAUGGUUUCCAAUGGCCUUCCCUCAUUCAAUCUCUUUCUGAGAAAGCAACGAAUGGUAACAGAAUUUCCCUUCGAAUAACUGGAUUCGGAAGAAGCAUCGAGGAAUUACAAGAAACUGAAAACAGGCUAGUAAGUUUCGCGAAAGGGUUCCGCAAUCUAGUCUUUGAAUUUCAAGGAUUAUUGAGAGGUUCUAGACUCAUCAACUUGAGAAAAAAGAAGAACGAAACUGUGGCAGUGAAUUUGGUGUUCCAUUUGAACACAUUAGAUGAUUCGUUGAAGAUUUCAGACACAUUGAAAUCAGUAUAUUCACUAAAUCCUUCAAUUGUAGUCUUGGUGGAACAAGAUAGUAAUCGAAGCACGCGAAGCUUCUUGUCAAGAUUCAUGGAGUCUUUGCAUUAUUUCGCUGCCAUGUUCGAUACCCUACACGAUUGCCUCCCCGUAGAGAGCGCGGAGAGGUUGAGCAUAGAGAGGAACCACUUAGGAAAGGAAAUCAAAACCAUGCUCAACUACGACAAGGACGAGGACGUCGCAAGCUGUCCAAGGUAUGAGAAGAUGGAGACAUGGAAAGGAAGGAUGGAGAAUCAUGGAUUUUCAGGAGUUAAAUUGAGUACAAAAUGUGUUAUGCAAGCGAAAUUGUUGUUGAAAAUUAGGUCACAUUACCGGCCGGUUCAAUUCGGCCAUGGAGAGAUUAAUAAUGGUGGGUUUAGAGUUUUUGAAAGAGAUGAUGGAAGAGCUCUCUCUCUUCGAUGGCAAGAUAGGUGUUUGCUUACCGCUUCUGCUUGGAGUUGUAUAUGAUUUAUAUGUAUAUGUUAGUACUAUUGAUUUUGAUACUUUGUUUUCUAACACAUUCAUCAAUUUUGUAGCUCCGUCUACAUAAAAUUAAUUAUAAGAGACUUUCAACAUU